UUUUUCUACUGGUUGAGUGUCUCUAUAAUCAGAACCAGAAUAAUAGACCGUCAAUUAUCCAAGUAGUUAAAAUAUAUUAUUCCUUAAAAAACCCAAAUAUAUUUCUUUUAAAAUUUGACAUUGAAUCUAUAAAACAAUAAUAAUCGUAAAACUCUUUAUUUUCAUUCAACAGGUUAUGACCCAGACCGCCAACAUCAUGGACACGGCAAGCUCCCAAUCCAUCACAGCAAGCUCCUCAUACCGAGUACAUCUGUGUUCUAAGUGUCCGGGGGACACAGCGUACUAUUGUGUAUCGUGUCCAUGUGAUCUGUGUCCCCAGUGUAAAGAGAACCAUGUAAAAGAUCUCCAAACAAUAGACCAUGAUGUUGUGUCACACCGUGAUAAAAUCAACUACAUCCCAACACAACAGAUCUGUGUGAGACAUCCUAGCCAUGUUCAUACAAAGUACUGUGAACCGUGUCAAGUUCCUGCCUGUAAUAAUUGCCAAACACAUAGAAAACACACUCAGAUAGAUGUUAAAACAGCCUAUAAAACAAAGCGACAACAACACAGAGGAACCAUUCACACCAUCAGAAGUGAGGCUCUCUUUUACAGACCUGUUCUCCUGACAGAAAUCAAAGCUGAUGUCAAAACCUGUCGCACAGAAAUCUCCCCCCUUCAAUCAGAGAUGUUAACAAACGCCCAGAGACUGACGGAUCUCAUUGACUAUGUGCUAUAUGAUCUAUUGAACAAUGUGUUAUGUUACUUUGAUUUCAAACACAGAUGUAAAAAACAAAAGAUAGAAAUGAUCAGACAUAUUGUCAGACUAAGGAAAUAUGAACACAGAUAUGUACAGCCAGCAUUCACAUUCAGUGCGCUACAAUUCCUCUCAUUCACAAAGACAGCCCUCCCCCAGAUACAUCUUACACUCCACACCAGCCAGCUCUCCAUGACUGAGUCACUCAACAAAGAGGAUGUGAUGGAGUCACUGAGUGCAAUCCAAAUCACAGAGAGAGGAAACCGACGCGUAGGAAACCAGUGUCUGCUGAAACUGACGUCUGGUGCUGAGUUCCAUCAAUCUCUCACAGUCACGGGUGUCCGUCGUUGUUAUCACAUUUCCUGUGUGACGUCAGACCGGGUCUGGGUCAAUGAUUGGGACAAUCUCAUCUUGACAGACACAACAGGUGUCCCUCUACAUCGUGUGGAGGAAUUAUGUCAUGGUUCAUAUAGAGGAUUACACACAGUGAACAGUGAGAGUGAACUGAUUUAUAUAUAUAGGAAUUAUAACAUCAACAAACUGUCAAAGGAUAUGAAAACAACCACCACAUUUAUAGAGAGAACAGAAUCUACAUGGGGACCACAUUGUGUGUACUGGUCCCCGUCCACUGGGGAUCUACUGGUCGGGAUGUAUAACAAUGAUACAAAGACAGGCAAGGUAACCCGGUACAACCAGAGUGGACAACUCACACAAACCAUACAGUACCACAACACAGGAUGGGGACUGUAUAGACAACCUAACUAUAUAACAGAGAACAACAAUGGGGAUGUCGUGGUGUCUGACUAUGUCUAUAACUCUGAGUCUGGUGCUGUAGUGGUGACAGAGCGUGGAGGAAUACAUCGUUUCUCCUACACAGGACCUCCAUCAGGAUCACGACUAUGGCCAUGGGGAAUCUGUACUGACGCGCUGUCACACAUCCUGGUGUGUGAUGGUAUAACCAGCACAGUACAGAUGAUAAAUAAGGACGGUCAGUUCCUGUCACAUCUACUGACAACAUCACAAGAGAUGCGUUUACCAUACAGCCUGAGUUAUGAUGUCAACACUCACCGUCUCUGGGUCGGAUCACGGUACAACAACAAGGUGUGUGUCUACAGGUAUAUCACCAGACAGGACGCUCUGACAAGUAAGUCUGAAGUGACACAUGUAUUCCAAAUCACAGAGAGAGGAAACCGACGCGUAGGAAACCAGUGUCUGCUGAAACUGACGUCUGGUGCUGAGUUCCAUCAAUCUCUCACACUGACAGGUGUUUAUCGUUGUUAUCACAUUUCCUGUGUGACGUCAGACCGGGUCUGGGUCAAUGAUUGGGACAAUCUCAUCUUGACAGACACAACAGGUGUCCCUCUACAUCGUGUGGAGGAAUUAUGUCAUGGUUCAUAUAGAGGAUUACACACAGUGAACAGUGAGAGUGAACUGAUUUAUAUAUAUAGGAAUUAUAACAUCAACAAACUGUCAAAGGAUAUGAAAACAACCACCACAUUUAUAGAGAGAACAGAAUCUACAUGGGGACCACAUUGUGUGUACUGGUCCCCGUCCACUGGGGAUCUACUGGUCGGGAUGUAUAACAAUGAUACAAAGACAGGCAAGGUAACCCGGUACAACCAGAGUGGACAACUCACACAAACCAUACAGUACCACAACACAGGAUGGGGACUGUAUAGACAACCUAACUAUAUAACAGAGAACAACAAUGGGGAUGUCGUGGUGUCUGACUAUGUCUAUAACUCUGAGUCUGGUGCUGUAGUGGUGACAGAGCGUGGAGGAAUACAUCGUUUCUCCUACACAGGACCUCCAUCAGGAUCACGACUAGAGCCAUGGGGAAUCUGUACUGACGCGCUGUCACACAUCCUGGUGUGUGAUGGUAUAACCAGCACAGUACAGAUGAUAAAUAAGGACGGUCAGUUCCUGUCACAUCUACUGACAACAUCACAAGAGAUGCGUUUACCAUACAGCCUGAGUUAUGAUAUCAACACUCACCGUCUCUGGGUCGGAUCACGGUACAACAACAAGGUGUGUGUCUACAGGUAUAUCACCAGACAGGACGCUCUGACAAAUAAACACAGACCAUGUCCUGAUGGGGAGGCCAUGUCCAGCUCAACACUAGCCGUAUAA